AUGCGGAUCGCUGCGCUGGUUCCCGUCCUAUUGACAUUUUCUUCGUCUGUCCUUGCUACCUGCUGGUUUCCAGAUGGCCAGGAGUCUACCCUCGACACUGCUUGCAACCCGGAUGCCAUAGUCUCCUCUUGCUGCUUCGACCGUCAAGCAUGUCUCUCCAACGGACUAUGCGUUUCCGACCCCCAUGACCCAGCAAGAUCACGCACUCAUCGAGGAACAUGCACAGACCGAGGCUGGAAGAGCGGAAACUGUGUGCGUCAGUGUUUUGAUAACAUGCACGCCGGCGCACCCGUCUACAGCUGCAAUGUCACUGAUGUCGACUCUUACUGCUGCUAUGAGAACUGCAAGUGUGAGAAUCCGUUCGAAGUCUUUUCCUUCGAUGGAACGCCUGCAAACGUAUCCACUAUGACCGUCAUCCUCGAGGCUUUCACUCAGACUCGCAAACCAACAGCUACAGCGAAGCCUCAGAAUCCCAGCAACUUGCCAGCAACUUCCUUUGCUCUCCCUACUGGCUCUGCGAACGGCUCUGCAUCCGCUGAAGGAGCCUCAUCUUCAACUCAAGGCCCGAACUACCUCGCACUCGGCAUUGGUCUGGGUCUGGGUCUGGGUCUAGGUAUUCCGGCCAUCUUCCUUAUCGCCUUCUUCUUCUGGCGUCGCAGAAAGGCAGCAGCCAAGAAAGCACUUGAGAAUUCACGGCAGCCCCCAGAGUUGAGCAGCGACGAAUAUUACCCCCCGGCACAAAAAAACGCAUACAACCUUAAUGUGAUGCCCAAGGCUCCGCAGUAA